GUCGAGGUUUGCAGUAACUUGCCCUCUUUUCCUUCUUUCUCUUUUCUUUUUCUCCUUGUUUCUUUGUUUCCUUUGUCUGUCUUGAUUUCAGUCUCUCUGUACUUUUUUUUUAUUCAUUUUCAUUGUCCCUUUUUCUUAUAUCCACAACAAAUCGCCAUCAUGCUUCCCACCAACCUCAUCGCCCUCCUGCUGGCCGCAGCCUCGGCCGUCGACGCUGGGGCGCUGAUCCCCCGUCAGGCCAAGCCCCUCGCCCUGCGCGUCACGUCCUUCAACAUCAGGUUCGACGCCGAGGUCAGCAGGCGCGAGAAGCAGGAGAAGGCCUGGAGCGACCGCAAGCCCGUCCUGGUCAAGACCAUGGCCGACAUUGCCGCCAAGCCGGCCACCGCCGGCGCGCCCGCCAUCUUUGGGCUGCAGGAGGUGCUCAGCAACCAGCUGUCCGACAUCAAGAAGGGCAUGGGCGCCGGUUGGGACCAUAUCGGCGUCGCCCGCGAGGACGGCAAGUCCAAGGGCGAGUUCAGCCCCAUCAUCUACAACACAAAGGACCUCAAGGUGGUGACGAGCGCGACAAAGUGGCUCACCGAGACGCCCGACAAGCCCAGCAAGGCUGCCGGCGCGGGCAGCAGCCGCAUCGUCACCCUGGCCGUGUUCGAGCACGUCGCGACCAAGAAGCGCUUCCUGCACGCAAACACGCACCUCGACAACGUGUCGCCCGAGGCCCGCAUCGCCGGCAUCAAGGUCGCCGUCACCCAGAUCCAGGACAUGCUCAAGGCCCAGGGCGGAAAGCUGCCCGUGUCGCUGACCGGAGACUUCAACUCCGUCGCCGGUGGAGACGCCGCCAAGGCCCUGGCCGACAUGAACUUCGUCAAGGACGUGCACGACGUCGCCACCAAGGCCCAGCGCAGCGGAGAGGAGCUCACCUACACUGCCUUUGAGCAGGGUGCUGGCCGUGGCAGGAUCGACUUUGUCUGGAUCGGCCCCAACGCCGACGCCCCCUACACGGUGCAGAAGUACGAGGUCCGCGCCAACUUUGUCGACAACCUCUUCAUGAGUGACCACAGGGCCGUGGUUGCGGAUAUCACAAUGAAAUGAAUUACCUAGCUAAAAGGGCUCUCUUUUGGCUUUGGGAAGGUGUACAGCGUUUCUGUUUCUUGGCUUGUAUUGUUCAGUACAUUUUUGUUUAGUACCUUGCUGUUUUGGCAUGGGGGUCUCAAAUCAUGAAAAAAAAGACAGCGAUUUCGCGAAAAAAAACCACUUCUCUGUGCCAAA